GGGAGGCGGCGGCAGCCCCGCCAGCACAGGAAGUCGCCCCGCCAAGAGAGGAGGGAGGAGGCUGGAGGCGGAGCUCUGCCGCUCGGCCCGAGAUCUCUAGAGCCGAUGGCAGGAAGGUAGAAGAGUGUGGGGUUGCUGUGUUUUAGGUAUCUGUUUCUCUCUUUUGCUCAAGGUGGCUGCAAGGCUGCAUCUGCAGUGAUUUUUGGAUUGAAAACGAUGGGUAGAAAAGAUGCCUCUACAGCAAGGACUCCUGUUGAUCAGUACAGGAAACAAAUAGGAAAACAAGAUUAUAAGAAAACCAGGCCUAUGUUAAGAGCUACAAGAUUAAAAGCAGAGGCCAAGAAAACUGCACUAGGCGUAAAGGAAGUUGCCCUUGUCCUUGCAGCUAUACUGGUAUUUUUGUUGGCUUUCUAUGCUUUCUUUUAUCUUAAUAUUUCCGAUGAAGUUGACCUUGAUCUGGAUCCAGAUGAAAACUAGCAGAUGCAAUGAAUCUAUCGUCAAGAUUUCUUCAGCUUCAACAAGACUACAUAGGAACACACAGUCCCUUCACUGUGAGACAGUAAAUGAUGCCAUUUCUUGCAGUCCAAGUUCAUAGGAAAGUUUUGCAAUACGUCAGUCACUUUUACAUUCCAGAUCUCCAAAAUAAGAGAAGAACACUCAUGCCCGGCAAGCAUAUUUGGUUAACACCAAAGCCAGGAGCAUCAGUAUAUGAAGUUUAUUGUUUACACUAUUUUUUUCUCAGGCAGAGAACUUUGAUGUCAAAAGACAGGUGCUAUUAUUAUCAUGGGUAUUGAUGCUGACUUCACAGGAGGAGAGUCUGCCUUGACUAAAUUUAGGAAUCAAAGCUUCCUAAUAGCCAAAUUAGUUUCCUUUUCCUUUCUCAAAAGAAAGCAGAAAUACCAGAUAAAAAGUCUUUUAUUAAUUUGUAUUUAAAAUAUAUCAAAAAACCCUCAUCCUUUCUCUCUCUUUUAAUCUUUCUUGUGCAUGUGUCACACGCGCAUGCACUAAGAUGGAAGAAAUUGUAGGAAAAAAAUAUCUUUUUAGAAGCAGUCUGUCACCUCCUAUAUGGACUUAAUUUUAUGUCAUCCCAGAUUCUGUGUGCCCAUAUAUCUGCAGUAAUCUUUUUCAUUCUUUGCCAACUGUUCAGCACACAUGUGUUCUGUCAGAAAUGGCACCUGGAUGACAGAAGCUCUAACAUUCGCAUAUGCCUCUGAAACACAGUUCUUUGCCUCCUGUGCUGUCUGAACUAGUGUAAAUAGAAAGUUCAGUCGAUGUUGGCUUUAAUUAGUGUAUUGCUCUAUUAUUAAUAUAAAGUCAAAAUUGUAUUUUAAUUAUACUCUUCCUGCUGGUUGUGGUAUCAACUUGCUCUACCUAUUAGGGGGAUAUUGUAAAAAAAAAAAAAAAGAAAAAAAAAAAAAGAAAAAAAAUGCUUUCCAGUUAUACAAUCAUUUUAAUCAUCAAACUAAUGUGAGAAUUUUUAAGUAUUACGAAACCAUUUUUUUAAUGUGUACUAAUAUUUGGGAAAAUCUUGGCUCCGUGACAUCCUUCAGUUCUUGCAAAGUACCUUUCAGAAUAAGCACUGUAGAUAACAUUUCUGAUCCCUUUGAUAACCAUAAGCCACUUGAUGAAGUCGGUAUGUCAAAGCAGCUGCAGGGAGCUGUAAAAUUCUGGCUUUAUCCUGUUCUGCUUCAAGUUUGGCAUAUAACUGAACUUGUGGUUGUAAAGGUUCAGUUCUGACCCUUUUAAAAAUGUGGUCAAUCUUUCUUUAGUUCGGAUUCACUUUGAUACCAAGAAAAGCAUAGAGCCAUUGGUGCAGAAUGUGGCAAGAAGCGUAGGCAGAUUGACUUCCAGAAAAGUUAUCAUAAAGUUGUCAUUCUAUUAGCAAACUAGCUUGGCUUUAUCAUUGAUACCAGUUUCAGCGCUGAAUGUUAAGUUUAGUUGCAACUGAGAUCUUUACUGACUUGUUCCAGAAAUGCCUGACUAAGAUUUUGAAGACAAAGGGAUACAAAUUAUAGCAAAUAUUAUAAUGGAAAAUAUAUUUAUUUUAAAUUGACACAGUCCCAUUAUCACCACUUAAGGAACUUAGAUCAAUACAGUUUAUUUUUAAACCGUACGGUAAUUAUGACCGUAUACAUUAUGAGUCUCUAAGGAUCCACUUCUUAUCUGUCAUACUCCUCAUUCACUUUAUGCAAUGCAAAACAACUCCUCUAGAAAUUCAGAGUACAACAGUCUUCCUAGAAGAAUGUGAGAGUGGCGUAAACAUAUAUGUGCAAAUAUUUCUCAUUUUCUAAGUAUGACUGUUACAGACACAAAAUCCUACCAUUUAUGCAUUCGUAUGACUUAUAGUCCACUAAUACAUAAAUGACCAAAAGCUUAGCAACGUGUUGCGUUUAUGGUGAAGCAUUAUCUGACACAUGGCCCGACUUUCAGUGGAGUCAAAAGCAUAUCACAAGCUGUCUCCUUGGAUGUGACUUCACCAGUGCUGCACCACAUGUCACAGAAGCUGCAGACCUCUUCUUUGUUACUUUGCAUGAGCAAUUUUCUUGUUCCAUAAAAUGCUGGAAGGAUUGCUUUCUUAACGUCUGCACGUAGCAAUCUGGGUGAUGUGUAGCCUGAGAAAGAUGUGUAGUUAUCCCUUUCAUGCAGGUUGUCUUGUAACCUGCUUUCUGAAUCAGUUACAUUAAAAAGAAAGCUAUUCCAUUGUCAAAUUUAUGAACAUCAAGUUCCUAGAACAGGAGGAUUGCAUUUCCCGUAAUUAUGACUCACAGACAAAAUCCAAAGCGUGUAUGACUGAAACAGCUUCCCCUGAUUUGUGGCUUAUGAGUCCAUAUUGCCCACAAGUGCCAUAGUUUGCAGUUUCUCUGUUGGGCCUUCUCAUUUACAUGAAAGAUACUCUCAUGUAACAAGAAAAUUUCCUUUUGCUUAGAUAAACUGGGUAGACUUCUGUUCAGUGUACAUAGAAAUACAUGGUAGAUAUUGCCGCAAAUAAACUUCUUCUCUUAUCACUACAAUAAUUUCUAGGAGUCAUAUGUCUAUAUUCUUUAAAGCUAAAAGCCCCCACUUUUCAUCAAAUUGCUCAUCCUUGGUUUUCCAAAAGGCACAAGCACAACAAUAUUAUCAGUGAGGUCUGAUUCUCAUUUUACUAACUUGUGAUUCCCCUCAAUUCACUGAGUUUACAACAGAUUUACUCCAGGGGGAAAUCAGAAUCUGACCUGAAGUUAUUUCUUCUUUCUGGAGCACUACAUUGUCCAUGCCUGCUAUUUUAAAGUAGAGACUAAUUUUAAUCUUGCAAACAUGUGGCUUUUUUUGCCCUUAUCAUAUCUGAGAUUGAAAUAUACCUCUUGGGUUUUGGACCACCUAUAUUUGUAUGAGUUGCUCAGUGUCUGUUUUAUUAAUAAAUAUAUUUUGAGUACUUUGGUACUUUUAUUAAUUUUGGACACACUGAAUUAUAUAUACAUUUGAAAGGACAUUAAAGCAAUCUAACCUGCACAAUGUUCAAAUGUGAGCAGUGAUACUCACCAGUUUUAGAAUAUCUGGAUUAUUCUAGGCAGUUCUAGCCCCUAAAGCCCCUAAGCUCAUAUUAAAACGAAGUGUAGCCUAUGAAUACUUAAAAGAUAAUAAAGAGAAGGUCCCUUGGCAUCCUACCUAAUACCAACAGACCAGAUCUCUUUCUGCAGACAAAGUUGUUCCAUGUAGCUCCAUCAACUUCAGACAGAUUGACUUUGCUAUAAAAGUAGUACUUUUAUACACUUGUUUCAAAGAAACAUUGCUGAUCAAACCAUUUCCACAGCAAACCUGGCUUAAUGGGGCAGGUUUUUUAAAGGAUAUUCACAUCUGGGGAAAGGGUAGACAUGGGUAUUGCUGUUGCCCUGUGCUUGUGGAGUAAACAGAAUUUUUUUCCAGCAGAGAUACCCGUACUGGGUCCUUGUGCUGUGGGUGGGAGCAGAUGUCCUGUCUGGAAGAGUCUCUGGCUAGGAAGGCCUAACAGUCUUCCAGCAGUGACUUUGGUCGGUAAAUCUUUCCUCAGCAGUUUUCUUUUUCUCUUUGAUCUUACAAAAGCAGAACCAGCAGGUAGACUAUCUCAGGACAGAAGCCUCAGUAUAGUAGUUUUACUAGUGCUGCUGCCAAGGAAAGACUUUAACUCUACUUCCUAGAGUCCAUAAAUAUAUUUUACUGGAAGCUUAGGACGCAUGUUAAGCAUUUCCCUAAUAGACCCUAGAGAUAUAUUUAAACUUUUCUUGAAGAAGGCUUUAUUUAAAGUUCACUGUUGCAUAUCAUAUAGACAUCAUGUGAUUCAGGAUCUGCCAUAGCUCCUUCCAUGUAUCAGACCAGCUGUAGCAGAGACAACAGGUAGACUGCAAGAUUAUGCUGCAACAUGUAACUGCAAACAUCCCCAACAUGAGCAAAGUAAUGUUUGCUUAGGUGUCAUCCAGGGCAGUUGACCUAAACGUUGUGUUUGAAAACAAACAGUUUUUAAACAACCCUACUAAAUGAGGCACAGUAAAAGCCAUACAAAACCACUCAUCCCAUUUCCAUGAAAAUUGCUACCAUAGAAGAGGCUUAUCUGCUGACUCUAGGGCCAAGUUUUGAAUGCUGCUCUUUCAGGGAGGAAAAUGUUAUUAGCAGCUCCCAGUAGAGAGAUGAUUCAUUUUGCUCUGAUACAGGAUUGUGCCUGUAAGGCACAACUGAGCCAGUUAGUGAAGGUCAGAUGCAUUCAGGACAAUCCUCAGUAAAGGACUGUACUUGAAAUGCAGACUAGGCAAGUUAGAGUGCCAACAAACAGGAUACUACAGAUCUUGAACGCAUUUCAAGUUUUACUUACAGUAGCAUAAUAAUUAGUGGUGCUUAUGACUAAGAAAAUAACAAUAUGGCACAUCAAUAAGACGGCAGAAAUGUGAUGUUGGAACUGCUUCUUAAAAAGACUUUGUAGUGGUUUAUGCCUGCACUUUGGGAAAUGAAGCCAUGAGAUGAAUAAACCAGCAAAGAUUGUCUGUGAUCUUACGCUUACAAUAUUUUUCCCUGAAAGAGCCAACAGAGAUAUUUUGCAACAGUUUUCCCCAUCAUCCUCUUAGUUUGCUGUAAUGCAUUCUUUUGUAGAUGUAUUUCUACACUUUUCCAAGAGUAGAAAAAUAUUUUUUGUAGUUCAUCAAUGCAUUUAAUUGACAGAAUCCUGUACUCUUCCUUUUAUCCCCCCUUAAUCACAACCAAGUCGGUGGGGAGACAGCCAAAAUGUUAGGUACCAAUGUCUCUCAAGCAGAUGUCACACCAGUAUUUUUUAGCUCGUUUAAAUGAAUAAACAUGUUAAACUGUGAAGUAUUACAUUUUAGAUUUUUUUUUUCAUUAAAAAAAAUGGGACAAUCUGUUUACUGUCCUUAAUUGAGACAACAAUCCUGGUGGUUGCCAGUUUUGGCAGUUGUAAUGAUGAACUAUAAAUAUUGGGACAAAUCAACUAACUGGUGAUUGUGGAGGAUAGUUCAAGUCGAAGCCUCAUUCUGCAUGAAUACUUUUUUCAGUGCUAUAUUUUUUCUAACUUCUCUAAUUGUUAUACUGGUUUUGCAUGUUAAAACCACAAAUAAAUACAUGACUAGUCAAAUA